AAUCAUACCAUAAAGAACGACAAAAUAGCUUUAUGAGUAUAAAUCGGAGAAAAUCAUGGGAUCUAAGACACCAGAAGAGCACCGUCGGGGCCCAAAUGAGUCCUCGUCAGGUGCUUCCAUUGAAGCCGUCAAUCCUCCCAAGCCGGCCGCAGCAAGCGGGCUGGUUCACGGUGGACUUGAAGGGGAAGAUGAAGACGGAGAUGGCGAUGACGAGAAAACUGGAGCCGUCGUAAAGACUGAUGCUGAGCCCGACACCAGCGGGAAGAAAAAACGAAAGAGAAACAAGAAGAAGAAGACAAAGGCAGUGCAUGAUCAGCAGACAACUCCUCCCAGAGUUGCACUCGCCGACCUCUUCCAGGAUCAUCGUUAUCCAGAGGGUGAGAUUGCCGAGUAUGCCAAUCGCAAUGACAAUCUUGAGCGGACUACGGCCGAAGAACUUCGUCACCUAUCCGUCGUGAAGGACAUGGAUGAUGACUUUCUGAUCGACUAUCGCAAAGCGGCUGAAAUCCAUCGUCAGGUCCGCCAGUAUGUGCAGACUAUCGCCAAGCCGGGCGUCUCCAUGAGCAAGCUCGUCGAGGAGAUUGAGGAAGGCGUUCGGGCACUGACUGGCCACCAAGGUCUUGAGCCUGGAGAUUCUCUCAAGGCGGGGCUAGGAUUCCCGAUUGGGCUGUGCUUGAACAACAUAGCUGCUCACUGGACCGCCAAUCCUGGAGCCAAGGAGGUUAUCCUACAGUACGACGAUGUCCUGAAGGUGGAUUUCGGAGUCCAUGUCAAUGGCAGAAUUGUCGACAGCGCAUUUACCGUGGCUGCUAACCCGGUCUAUGAUAACCUCCUCGCAGCCGUCAAAGCAACCACGAAUGCUGGGCUCAAGGAAGCCGGCAUCGACGCCCGCAUGGACCACAUGAGCUCAGUAAUGCAAGAAGUAAUGCAAAGCUACGAGAUCGAGCUCAACGGCAAGACCCUCCCUAUCAAAGCCGUCCGCGGCAUCACCGGGCAUAACAUCCUCCGCUACCAUAUCCACGGGGACAAGCAAGUCCCCUUCGUGAAGACGCGGACCAACCAGCGGAUGGAAGAGGGUGAUAUCUUCGCCAUUGAAACAUUCGGUAGCACUGGGAGAGGGUCGACUAGGGAGGAUACGGGGGUUUAUGGGUAUGGACGCAAUGAGCACGCCAGUGCUGCGGGUUUGCACCAUGCCUCGGCCAGGUCGCUGCUCAAGACUAUUGAUGAGAACUUUGGGACUAUUGUGUUCUCGCGGCGCUCGCUUGAGCGGGCGGGGGCGAAGAAUUAUCAUCUUGGUAUGAGGACGCUUAUCUCGCAUGGGAUUGUUGACCAAUAUGGACCACUGGUUGAUAUUCCUGGGUCUUAUGUCGCGCAGUUUGAGCACACCGUUCUCCUCCGACCCAAUUGCAAGGAGAUUAUCUCCCGAGGAGAUGACUAUUAAAGGGAUAUAAGAAGUCAGGGUUCAAAUUGACUACGUGGAUGCUGGCUGGAUUUUUAAUUCUACUGGUCGCCUGCUUUCAACAGCCAGGGAAAACACUCCAUUAAGGUGUUUCAACACGCUCUAUUCAUAGUAUACCUUAUAUCGCACUCCUUAUGCGGCGGCGAUGACACUCUCUUGAACCACAGAAAUAUCAUGAUUUGAAC